AUGGUCAAAGAGUCAUUUGUUCAAAAGCUUGAUGUCAAACGCAUUGCAUCUGCAUCAAACAGCCGUAAUGGAGUACCAUUACCAGUACUUCCCAAUUCCAAAAGUUGGAAUUCCAAGUUUUCUUCAAUGAUCUCAUCACAAAUGAUAUCAGUACCCUAUUUAAAUCCCUCUCAUCUAAUAAGCCUUACUUUGCAGUCAAAGUUCCCGAUUCUUCUCCGGAGGAAGAGGGGAAAGCAUAACUCGGGUGAUGUGGUUCUCAAGGACUUGAAACUGAAGGCAGAGGCUUUGAAUUCCUUGAAAUUACCAGUUACUGUCAAAGCUGGUUUUGUUGGAACCAUAACUCUUAAGGUUCCUUGGAAAAGUCUUGGCAAGGAGCCUGUUAUUGUUCUUAUUGAUAGAGUCUUCAUUUUAGCUCAUCCUGUUGUUGAUGGAAGGUCUCUUAAGGAAGAAGACCGAGAAAAACUUUUCGAGGCAAAACUUCAACAAAUAGAGGAAGCAGAAUCAGCCACCCUUGAGGCAUUAUCGAGAUCAAAGUUAGGAAGUCCACCUGCUGGAAAUUCUUGGCUUGGAUCAUUAAUUGCUACUAUAAUUGGAAAUCUCAAGAUUUCAAUUAGCAAUGUCCAUGUCAGAUAUGAGGAUUCUGUCAGCAAUCCUGGGCAUCCAUUUUCUUGUGGGGUUACUCUUGCAAAGCUUGCAGCAGUUACGAUGGAUGAACAAGGGAAUGAAACAUUCGAUACAAGUGGCGCUUUGGAUAAAUUGCGUAAGUUGGUGCAACUUGAAAGGCUUGCCAUGUACCAUGAUUCAAACAGCAAGCCAUGGAAGUUGGACAAGAAAUGGGAGGAUCUUACUCCAAAAGAAUGGAUUGAGAUAUUUGAAGAUGGUAUUAAUGAACCUUCAAAUAACAGUAGAAACUUAUCUGGAUGGGCGGAAGAUCGCAACUACUUGGUGUCACCAAUUAAUGGGGUCCUCAAGUAUCAUCGUCUGGGAAAUCAAGAAAGAAAUGAUCCUAAUGUUCCCUUUGAGAUGGCUUCUCUGAUCAUCAGUGACGUAUCGUUGACCGUCAAUGAGGUUCAAUAUCAUGAUUGGAUAAGACUUAUGGAGGUCAUUACAAGAUAUAAGACAUACAUUGAAGUUUCUCAUUUGAGACCAAUGGUGCCCGUUUCAGAGGAUGUCAGUAGUUGGUGGCGGUAUGCCGCUCGUGCAGGAUUGCAGCAGAGGAAAAUGUGCUAUAGAUUCUCCUGGGACCAAAUUCAAGCCCUAUGUCAUCUUCGUCGGCGUUAUGUACAAUUAUAUUCUGAUUCAUUGCAACAGCUGCCGAAUAUUGAUAGCUCAGAGAUCAGAAACAUUGAGAAAGAUCUUGAUCCUAAGGUUAUUUUGUUAUGGAGGUAGGUUACAUAAUGUUUGUUCU